GUCAGAUCUUCACUUUGCCGCUUCGCAGACAAACUUUUCUUCCGAUUAUCUAUCAUUUCACGAAGUACUCGGGUGUCAUCAGCAAUACAAGUAGAGGUAUUUGUAUUUAAUGAAGAUGAUCACUGAAGGUUCCUCGCUAAUUUAGUCCAUUCUCCUUCCUGUUGUAUUUUUUUUUCGAAGAAAUAAUACAUUUCACAAGCUACGUUCCUGCAUUACUUCCCUCAAACGAAAAAUGUUUCGUGUGAGCCUGCCUCUUUCGUUCGGGGCAUGGUUGGGUUAUGGCAAAAAGAUCCAUGCUGCCAACGUUAGACGAAGUGCACCUAAGCGCAUGAUACGCGUGGGCGAAACCAUGUAUCGGGUCCAGAACUACAAACUGGCCUUUCAAAGGUUCUUUGGCAAAAAGAUCACACCAGAGGAGGAUGCGGCACGUAAACGGAGAGAAUUCGAGGCACGCAAGUCAGCAGAGUACAAGAAACUCGGGAAAAUGUCGAGUCAUCCAGAACAACCCGUGGACCACGAGAGCAAAGCUGGUUACAUAGCAUGGAAAGCGAAAGCGGCUUGGUACGGGAAGAAAAUAACGAAGCCGCGAGCGCCUGUUGGAUGAUGCAUCACUGUAAAGUGUUACAAAUCUGACGACCAAACCGUUGAAGCAGCAAAAGUAAGUGUGGCCAGGAUGAAAUAGACUCUUUGAUGAAGCAGGUACGCUAUUCACGUUUCAGUGCUGCAAAGGACAGGGGGGGCAUCACGAAGAGCGCUUCCCCUUGAUACGUACAAGGUGUCCAUUUCCGCAGAUUCAAGUCAUUGUCAUGGCUAGUAAGACAAUGAACGACAAGGGCUUGGCUAGUCAAAAUUGUUCCUCGAUAUGACCACUAUAGUGGAGUAUCAAUUUGCCACAAUAGAAGAGGAG